CGGCCGGCCCUCGCUCUCCCAACAACGGCCACCAUCUCUGUCCACCCGCCGCACAUCCAGGAUGAGACCUUUCGCAAUCGUAGCCACAGUACUGGCCUUUUGCGCCGUCUACGUGCACACUCAGACGACCACGGUCAUCGACGAUGAUGGGCAGACAAUCGUCGAGCUCAUCACUGUCGACCCUGAUCUUGGUUUGCCGACUACAGAGACCCUGGAAACCCUCACUGCGGCAGCUACUACGACGACAACAACUCCUGCCCAAGCCGCGGGCCCCGGUCCCGUUGGCCAGCCUCAAACCCAGCAAGCUGCAGGCCCAACAAUAUACACCUACACAACUACCGAUGCUGCUGGUAACACCGAGGCGGUAGUUGACACUUUCACACCGUCAUUCGGCCCCACCACUGGCGGAUCUAUCACCGCUGCCCCCGGGACAAUCAUAAACUACAGCUCAUGGCGCGCUAGCGUCGGCAGCAACACCGUCGCCGUCGUCAGCGCCGGCACCUCUCGAUGGACCGUAGACAAGCGGUGGGCUGGCAUCGGGGUCGCCCUCUGCGCGGGGAUGACAGGUGGGGCGUGGCUCGCACUUGCGUGACCAGCGCCUGACCACGCUAUUCAUGGCACGCUGCGGGCACACCCAUUGUUAGAUUGCUGCUUCUCGCAUUGCACUCGCUUUCGUGACACCCUAUCACGGACAGAAUCCGGAUGGACGCUACAUCAAGUCCUACACACGCUACUCUAUUGACGCUUCACGAUACAUCACGCACGUCUUCACGACUCUCGCUGUCUUAUUUCCGGCGUAUACGGAAUUGUAUCACUCCCGAGCGCUGUAUUAACAUUGCUCACAAGACAUCUCACGUCUGUC